AUGGUGCCAUUUGGUGCAAGGUUCCCCUAUCUGCUGGGCCGUGAAGAAGAAAGCAAGAGUGGCCUUCGCACAGCAGUGGUGAUGGCAUUUCCUCGUCCUCGCACUAGCCUAUCGGUGCGUAUCGAUCUUGCUAAAGCUCCGGCAACCAGGUGGGCAAUCUGCCUGACCUUCCUGAUGCGUGUGGAUAAUGUGCGACAAGACGUCUGGCGGGCGGCCAAACUUCAGGCUACCAUGGCGCAACAACCACAAGGCGGAGCAUCCAUGCCAUCAGCGACGCCGUGGGGCCAGUCUAGCCCGCCCUGCGUCGCUGCAUGGAACACAUGGACAUGA